CUGUAGAACAAGUUCUGUCAAGUGGCAAAUGCUAAUUGCUCGUGGUUAUUAUUUUUUCUAAAGUUAACUCACCCGUAACGAUCAGUCGAUUAACAGACUGACAGAUUGUACUCGUAGUCAUGAACGGUAUUUCUGCUGUGGCUCUCAUCAUGUUAGGACGAUAAUUUAUCUGCUUUUUUUUCAAUGACAUUCUUGUAAAUCAUCUAAAAGUUGCAUCACCAUGAUUUCUACAACCCUAUUUGUUUCGUUAUUUUUCUUCUUGCUCAACGCUCAGGCAGGUCCUGUGUCUCCACAUCCAAAGUUGUUAGUCGUUUCAUACGAUGCGUUCAGGUACAACUAUUUUGAGAGAAACCUAACGCCGUAUAUGAAUCAAUUAAAAGCAGAAGGCACUCAUGCGGAAUACAUGAUGAACAUUUUUGUCACCAAAACUUUUCCCAAUCAUCAUACAAUGGCAACAGGAUUAUAUGCGGAAACACAUGGGGUUGUAGAUAACGAAUUUUAUGAUCCUGAUAUUCACAAUGUUACAAAAUAUUCACACAAGUUAUAUCAUUAUGAUAACAACAUUCUUCCUAUUUGGACGAUAAAUGAAAAAAGUGGCCGGCAUAGUGGCACAAUGAUGUGGCCAGGUUCUGCAUUUGAGUAUCAAGGAACAUCGCCAACUUUUGCUCAGUCAUUUAAUGAUUCAAUUCCAUGGAAAGACAGGGUUGAUACAUUAAUAUCAUGGUUUGUACAUCCCACAAACCCAAUAAAUUUUGGGAUAUUGUACAUUGAGGAACCAGAUUAUCAUGGUCAUACUGUAGGAAUUAGCAGUGAUGAAUUUAAUGAAAUUUUAAAAAAGUUGGACAAUAUUACGAAAUACAUGCAUGAUAAAAUUAAUCAUUAUGGCUUAACAGAUCUUAAUGUAAUUCACUUAAGCGAUCAUGGCAUGGCAUCAGUUACUAUGGAAAGAAUAAUCAAUCUAUCAAAUUACAUAAAUGCUAGCGAUUACAUAUUUGUAGGAACAUCUCCAGGAUUACAUAUUUUUCCAAAUCAUGGAAAAGAGGAGUUAAUUUAUCAGAAAUUAAAGUUUGCUGCAGAACAAACGAAUACAUUCAAAGUAUAUAAAAAAGAAGACAUUCCGAAAAAAUAUCAUUAUGGCAAUAACACUCGUGUAGGGCCUAUUUUUGUUAUAGCUGAAGUUGGAUAUGCAUUUCAAAAUCUUUACGAUGCUAUAGAAUAUUAUAAAAAGAAAUUUAAUAUUACAGUUAACAAUCAGACGGAAUUUGGACUACAUGGUUACAACAAUGAAGCAAUGGAGAUGCAUCCCUUUUUCUUUGCUAAUGGACCCGCUUUUGUACCAGGAUGUAAAUUAGAACCUUUUAAUAACACAGACUUAUUUCCUCUAUUUUGUGAAAUACUUAAUUUGAAUUGUCCAAUAGUUAAUGGUACUUUAUCUCAUUUAACAAAGUGCCUUAGAACACGAUCAAAAGAUAUAUCAGUACCUACAUAUAGAGUACUAUUUGCAGUUAUCAUAGGCACUAUUAUAUUAUUAGGAAUUACAGUAGUGGUGACAAUAAUUUAUAGGAAAAAACGAAAAUUAGCGCAUAGCUUCAGGAAAUCAUAUUAUACGCUGGACAAAUAAUAAUAUAUCAAUAUUGAUAAUAAAUAUGACAUUAUUUGUAUUUUAAUUUUCAAUUGAUGACUUAUAUGUAAGAAACAUUAAAUUGGAAUAUUGUGUCAUCAUAAAUCAUUGUUUUUAAUAAUACAUAAUA